AUGAACAUUUCAGAAAAUGAUUUGUGUUAGUUGAUACAAUCAGUAAACAAAAGAUCAAUGUUUAAAACUCAAUAUGACAUAGAAUUAAUUCAUUCUAAAUUGAGAGAUUUCACAUUCUUUAGAAAUAUGAAUAAGGAAAUUGGAGAUUUACAAUAUUAUAAAAUUCUAAAAGAACUACAAUAUGAAUGUCCCAUUCCUUAUGAACCACUAGUGAAUAUUGGAGAUUAAUGUUCUAAGUUUUACUUCAUACUCGCUGGAAGAUUUCUGAUCCUUACAAACAAUUAAAUGGCCAAUAUACAUUUACCAACUGAAAUAUAAAGGACCAUAGACAAACUAUUUCCAAAUUAGAUUCCACAAGGGUACUUAUCAAUAGGACAAUAUUUUGGAGAAUAAGUUAUGAUGUUUGAUUAAUAGCAUACUUAAACAAUCUUACCCCUUGAGAAGUCUCACCUUCUGGUCAUCAAACGAGAAACAUACAGAAGGAUUAUUGAUUAGGAAACCAAGAAGAGGGAAUCAGAAAGGUUUUCUAAUCUAAGUACCAUUCCACUCUUUUAGAAAUGGAGUGCUAAAACUGUUAAGAUGCUAUCUUCUGAGAUCUAAGAAUUGAACUUUAUACCUAAUCAAAUAAUCUAUCAUCAAGGGGAUCCCGUUGACUCAGUCUAUAUUAUUAUCGAUGGCUAAAUCUAAUUAUUUAGAACUUCAAAUAAAAGUUAAUUGCCUCUUUCAAUUCUGGGAUGUAAGGAGAGCUUUGGGGAUGAUGAAAUACUUACCUAAUUUAGAAGUCAUUCAGCUAAAAGUCUUACGAGUGUUAAACUCUAUAGGAUUUAAAAGAAACAAUUUUUGGAUCUCAUCCCGUUUGAUUAUUCCAAUAAAUAUUUCAAAAAAGAUACGCCUCUCAAACUCAAUUUAAAUUUAAAUGAAGACUAUUCGAGAAUUUAUAGAUCGGAAUCUCUGAAAGCUAUCAGAUCUCCAGCUUAAUUGUUGCAAAGAAUUAUCAGAAAAAGUUAAGAUAAGAACAAAACUCAUUAAUCUAUUUCAUUUUAGCAAAUCCAUGAUUUUACAAGAAAAGACUUGCGCUAUUCAAAUACUCCUACUGUUCUAUAGAAAUCUAGCAGUGUACAUGAAUAAAUCAGAAUUCAUGCAAACGGUAAAUUCGAUAAAACUACUUAUUUGUUAAAUCAAAUUAAACUCAGAUCAACUAAUGUUUGGAAAAAAACUAAAUGA